AUGCGGGACAAAUAUACUCCUGCUACUCUGCCUUAUCAUUUCGUGGUGCCAUCACUCCCAGGUUACACCUUUUCCUCGGGUCCUCCACUAGACAGGGACUUCGGUACUGAAGAUGUGGCUCGGGUUAUCAACACGGUCAUGGUCAAUCUGGGUUUUGGAUCCCACUAUGUUGCACAAGGUGGUGAUAUCGGCGCCAAAAUUGGUCGGAUAUUAGCGGUGGAUCACGAAGCCUGCAAGGCGGUACACUACACUGCCAUAUCGGACACCGAAAAACGCAAUCUCUCUCGCGCAGAGUGGUUUGCCUCGACGGGGAUGGGCUAUUACGUGGAACAGGGCACACGCACCAGUACUAUUGGCAACGCCAUUUCGACUAAUCCGGUUGCACUGCUGGCUUGGGUUGGCGAGAAGUUCCUUGACUGGGUUGAUGAUCCAGUUCCACUACAUACGGUCUUGGAGUCGGUGACCCUGUACUGGUUUACGGAGACGUUGCCUCGUUCUAUGUACCAUUACCGCGAGAACUUCCCACCACCCAAGGUCAGGCAUGCUAUGGACCCGAGAUGGUAUAUCCGCAGACCGUUGGGGUUUUCGUACUUUCCGAUGGAGCUGUUGCCCGCACCACAGGCAUGGGUUGCGACGACGGGGAAUCUUGUAUUCUGGAAAGAGCAUGCGAAGGGAGGACACUUUGCAGCCCUCGAGAGACCGCACGAACUUCUAGAUGAUCUGCUUGAAUUUAUCGAGCAGAUCCGGCCGGAUCUUACGAGUUGA